UUCUGAGUUCUGUCCUGCAGCUUCGGUGUCAUUGCAAGUUGUAGCAAUUCUCUCGUGCCUAUUACAAUUACCUCAUGUUUGUUUAGACCCUCGAUGAAGUUCUCUGCGUUCUACGGUUCACGUAAAGCGUCGUUCACGUACACUGGGAUGUUUGGAGAUGACGAGGAGGAAGACUAUGCUGAUGCUGGAAGUCGACAGUUUGUCAUUAAUGAUAAUGAGGUAUAACAUUGAACUAAUGAACUCACUUAUUGCUCCAGUGUUACAACAUAGAAGAAAAAGUGAAAAACUAAACUGCGUUUCUACAACAAGGGGAAACCGGAGUACCCGCAGAGCAAAGCUGUGGUGUAUGAUAGAGCCAGACUGGAAGUACUUUUUCUCAUAUGCGAAUGAGGUGAAAUGAUAAUCAGCAAGGCCGGAUUUUGGUGGAAAUAGUGGGGCAGGUGGCAAGAAUCUUAGGGGAGGUGCAGCAAUUUAGCUCACGACCCCCAUGGAAUGUCAGGGCUUAGAACUGGGCGAAAGUCAACGACGCGUGUACUAAUGAAUUAUGACUAUACAACAACUCAUUACAAUUACUACCAAGUUUCUUUCAAAAUAUUGCAUUAAAAGGGUACUUGACACAGAGAUGAAUUGGCUAUCACUGUUUCAAUUUUACAGAAAAACUUUCUUUCGAAGUGUAGACCCUAAGCAACCAAAAAAUCUCACAUUUUCACUUUGAUCUAUCAUUGAAACUUUCCCAAGGGGAAGUGCAUGGCUUUUCAGGGGAGGUGCAAAAAUUCUCAGGGGAGGUGCAAAACGAUCUCAGGGGAGGUACACACCUCCCCUCAACAUCCGGUCAUGUUAAUCAAACAAAUGCAUAUCGCAGGAAUCGAAGCCUGGACGUAAUAAACCUUCACGGAAAGUUUCAAAAUUAACAACUUUCCCAAUUCUUUACUUCAUAACUAUUCUACCGAAAAAAUAAUUCCCAAAGAGUUCGUUUCGACACUGAAAUCAUGCAUUUCAUUUCCAGGUAAACUUUGCGAAUCCCGUGUACAACUCGCUGUUCCUAGAAGGUCCUUCAAGAGACGACUAUGCCGAAGUGAAUCGUCAACUCAUCUUUGAAGAUGGCGACAGUAAAGUGGAUUUCUCCAACCCUAUGUACGAUUCUUACUACGGCUCGAACGAGAACUCCGAGAUGGAUCUAUUUCUGCCACAGAAACAAAGCCCGGAUACCGUAUCGAGUGGAGAAUCCUACGGUAGCCAUGACUCUCUUCGCGGGAGUACGACGAGACUCGUCAAAGACGAGAAGUAAAUGAUUUUAGCCAAGAUUUUUGGUGGUCAAUUUCGUUGUGUUUUUAUCCUCAGAUGAUCGUUGACAUGACGGUAUAUUUGACGUUUUAUUUAACUCACCAAAAACAAUGCUAGUUCAGGUUUCGUAUAUAGCACUUGAUGUAGAAAGGUGUGGCUGACAGGGGUGUAGCUAUACGGGUGGGUUUUUUUGGGGGGGGAGGGGGUUAUUGGGUCCUUCCUUUAUCGGAAAAUUAUAUACUCCUAACACCCUGUAGAGUUAUGCUACUGAACAACCCCCCCUCCCUUGCUCCUACGGUUUUGUUUCCUGUUUGCUCACGGUGGCAAAGAAAAUAUUUUCUGAUUUUCGAAAUUCUACUUGAAUAUAUAUAUAGCAGUUGUAUAUGUAUCACUGCCUAACCAAUGUAUGAUAACGAUUUCAUCAUAGCUAAUGACCAAUGUACCACACUAUACCAUGUGUGGUACACAUACGUUAUAUACAAUAUACUAACACCAAAUAAUAUGUACUAACCCACAAUAAUAAUACUUGUCUAAUACGUACAGCGUGUAUAUGUAAAACGUAUAAAGUUGUAGUCCUGAGUUAAUGUUUUCAGUUAGUAAAUCGUUUAAAUUCUUAAUCCUAGUUUGUAGAGCAUAAUAUAGAUUUUAUAUAACCGCAAACAAUAAUAAAGAAAUAGAAUGCGU